AUGGAUAUAUUGCGGAAGGCUAUAGAGGUGAAGCUCACGCGCCUCCCAACAACUGUAGAUGAAGAGCCUACAACGCUGUUGCUGUCGUGGCAACCGAUACGCUUUCAGCUCACCAUCAGCUUCUUCAAUAAAGAGGGAGAACGCGGCCGUGAUGGCGCGGCGCUCUUAGCGGCGCUGGGUGAAAAUGACUUUGACCUCAUGUGGCGAAAACUUUUUCACACGAUCCGUAUUGUGCCUGUUGUGGUGGAGGCCACCGCAUCACCAGACUCUGGAGAAAUCAAAGGUCCACAGUCAAGGCAGCCAUCACCGUCAUCAGAACAGAAAAAUGCAGCGCAGCAUGGAGAGAUCUGCUAUUUUUCUUUCGAAGCCCCUGCGUUCUGGGGCAGUCGAUCCGCUGUUGAAACAGCCUCCGAUUGUGAGCUGCCUGGUGUAACAGGCCCUUCGGGAAGGAUCCUCACACUGGUGGCGGAAUCUAGGGAAGAUGAUGUUGCAGCUGGAACAGCCUCAUCAAAGGCAGGUGAUCUGGAAAUCGGUAUGAGAGGAGCGAUUCCUGGUUGCAUUACGUCUACGUACAAGUUCAACUAUACUCUACCGGAUUUGGGGGAGUUUCACGGAUCCAUUACAAUGGGAUAUGUGCUGCUGUUUACUUUUUGUGGCACAGAUAGUCAUGAUAGUGAGAAUGCGGUGAUGCUUAACGCGCUGGUCCCAGCGGAGGAACGGUCAAUAUCGUGGUAUAGACCAAAACCCGUGGUGUUGGGGACCUGUUAUUACCGGGCAAAUGUGGGUCAGGUGCUACGCUGUACCUCGGUGGCGCGACGAGCAGCCCAUCUCCGGGUACUGGUAAAUGUGAAUGUAACAAAUGUUGCGGAAGUUCCUGUUCUUGUGCAGCAGGCAUCUUUUGAUAUAUUUUCUACGUGGAUAGGAGAGAACCUCGGUAGUCUCUCCAGCGUCCCUCUGUGGUCUGAGCAGAGGGCUGGGCCACGCGGCGCAGACAUGAGAGCAGUUGAGCUCCUGCGGCGCGCAGUUACUGUAACACCGAUUGUAGUGCAUGAGUUUCACGUUCCGUUGACCCUAGAGUCUGGAGAGUCUGCUGGAUUUCAAUUUGUCAUUCAGGUGCAGCCCUAUUUGUGUCACCUUCUUGAAUCACACUCACUUCAAGAGUUGUACGGGAAAUUUGUCAAGUCUCCUCACAGAGAGGCAGCAGAGAUGGAGACGAGAGAUGCUUUAAAAUGUGCUGGAACAGCAGCAACAAACCCCUCUAGUCCACUAGCCUCUUUUAUCAAUGGUAUUUCUCGUGACGAUCUCCUUCAGGUUCUUUCUUGGAGCUUUACCUCCCACGUGUACGUGUACUACGAAGUGAUUACUCCUACAGGUAGCAACGUAAAGGACAAUGACAAGAACAAGAGGGGAGCG